UGGCAUCUGUUGUUUAGACACCAGCCCAAAAAGGAGCAUACCAUUUCAAUUAAACUAAUCAAUUUUUACAACAAAAUCCAAACUUUAGGAAACCAACCAAAUUAGACAAGAGGUGCAUCCCUUUUUGGCUCCGGGUCUGGGCAGACCAGGCACCUCUCUCUUUCUCUCUCCUAAAUUUCAUCAUUCUUCUUCUUGCUAUGGCUGUUCUUCUUCCCUGACAUAUAUUCUCUCUUCUUUCUUCUUUUUCACACAAAUUAUAGAGUUUAUAGUUAACUAUUAACAAACCCCUCUUUCUUUUCUUGGUCAUCCUAUCAACAGGACAUAUAUUCAUGCAUUUUCUUUCUUGAAGUGAUCGAUAAAAAUCACAUCUUUUUGGUGUUUGGUGUUCAAUCUUGUGAGUGGUGGGCUGUUUUUUGGCUUAAGCCCGACCACAUCAUGCCUGUUAUGAAGAAAAUAUACAAUGCUUGCAAGGAUUCAUUCACACCUACCGGUCCAAUCUCUGAGGAGGCUCUUGAUAAAGUUCGUGCAAUUUUAGAUGACUUAAAGCCUGUGAAUGUGGGUCUUGAGCAGGAUGCAGUAGCAGCGCAAAAAUGGAAACCUAUUUCUAAUGGAAGCAAUGGAAGAAAAGGUCGCAGUGGCAACCAGCAGCAGUAUCCUCCUCCCAUAAAGUAUCUGCACAUACAUGAAUGUGAAAAAUUCUCUAUAGGAAUUUUCUGCAUGCCACCCUCAUCAAUCAUACCUCUGCACAACCAUCCUGGAAUGACUGUGUUAAGCAAGCUUGUAUAUGGCACCUUACUUGUAAAGUCAUAUGAUUGGGUUGACAUACCUGAGCUCCCUGAAUCUUGCCGAGCUAGACCUGCUAAAUUGGUUAGAGACUGUGAAAUGAGAGCUCCUUGUAGUACAACCGUUUUGUAUCCGACAAAAGGUGGCAACAUCCAUUGUUUUAUGGCAAUAACGCCCUGUGCCAUCUUUGACAUCCUUACCCCUCCAUAUUCUUCAGAGGAUGGACGACACUGCUCUUAUUUCCGGAGAGUUCCUGAUAAAGGAUUGCCGGAUGAUAUUGGUCAACAACUAGAGGGUGUAAAUCUCGACGAAAUUGUUUGGUUAGAAGAGACUCCGCCUCCAGAAAACUUUGUGGUUUUGCGUGGGCAGUAUAAAGGUCCUGUGGUGAAGAAGUCUUAGGGUUUUGUCGGGUCAUAUGUACAAUAUCAUAUUGAAGUAUUGAACAGACGGGCACUGAACAAUGGGGAGAAAGCUGUUUCAGACUUUCAGGUGGUUCAGGGAUUUCUCACGCUGCUGAGUUGUAAUAAUUGCUUUGAGAAGCCGAGAUGACAGUCUGAAAUACUGGAGGGGUGUUAACUUGUACAUAUAGAUUCACUUGGAACUAAGACAACUCAUUUGUCACAGGUGAUAGCUUGAUAGUCUGCUUUGACUCGUUAAAUCCACAGCUUACCUUGUUCAUUAUCUGUAUUUGUCGGCACUAUUUAUCCUUACAAACUAUUUAAUCACCUUCUCUUCUGUCUUUAUUAUAGGAGCUUAUAUAGGUUGCAUUGAAUUUCCAUUUAUAUAUAUUGGUGAGAUUGCUGUUUAGCUUUUCA